AUGGGUGCCCGUUUCCUAGAUCUCUUUGGGGUUUAUAGACAGAGGCCCUUUCUAUUGGCCCCCGUGGAGCAGGAGGGCGGGACGAGGAAGAAGGGCUGCCAUUGGUCUAUCUGCACAGUAUGUAAAUUGCGGGGCGUGUUUUGGGCGGCUGUAGCCCGGAAAAGGCGCAGUGUGAACUCACAAUUCGCCUGCGCCCUCAUUAUUGACCAAAAACCUCUUGAACUAAAAUCUGAGCCUAAACCAAGAAAAACAUCUACUAAAAAAGAACCUGGAACAAAGGUUAACAAAGUUGCUAAAGGGAAGGAGGAAAAGCAAGAAGCUGGAAAGAAAGAUUCUGCACCAUCUGAGAAUGGUGAAACUAAAGAUGAAGCGAUCCAUCUCUCUCACUCAUUUGUUAAUGUCGCAGCCUCCAGAUAUACCCCACCCAGCACUCUGUCAGGAAAGGGACAGAUUGAAACAGCACAGAAAACUGAGUACAUAGAUAACAAGGAGGAUGAAUUGCCAUGA